AUGACUGACAAGUAUGAAUCUGACGACUUGGACCUUGAAAAUGCGAUCGGGGACGUCUUCAAGCUGUUUGAGUUGUCACAAAUUGACCCCCAGGCAAUCCCCGGCUCCGAGAACCCAGUCGUUGACCAGAAUCUGGCUGACCAUAAUCCCGAUGAGGAGUUCAAUGAUAAGGACAUACAUUACCAUCCUCUGACACAAAAUCAUUUAGUUCAGAUAGGUUCACAUCCCCACGAUACCGAACAGCAUGAUGAUCAUGAUUUGGAUAUUAUUGAUGAUGCCAUCACCAGUGCAUUUAGUAGUUUACAUGACUCACAAAUACGACAACACCACGAACAACAACAUAGUGAAACGCCACAACAGACCCAGGACACGGCUUUGCUGGAUGAGGCACAUAAUAAUGAACCCCCAAAAUCUCAUCUGCAACAAGCUUCCGAACAACAUGAAGAUAUCAGAAACCAUAACCACGAUAAUGACCAUAACGAGAACAGCAUAGAGGAUGACGACUUCAACUUGGCUAAUGUGAUUACCAGCGCCAUUCAAAGCAUCAAUACCAUACAACCUAACGAACAAUCUGAUGACCAAAAAGAUGAACAUAAGUCGCUACCGGUAGAAAAUAGUCAUGAACUGCAGCAACCGUCUGAAGAGCAAAACGAGGAUCAUUCUGCAUACUCUCCUCUCCAAGUUGAAAAGAAUUAUGAAGAAGAUGCUGCGGAUGACUUGGACUUACAGAAUGCCAUAGGAAAUGCUUUUGAGUCAAUCAAAGAGAGCGAUUUUAAUUUGAAUAAGGUGAUAUCUGAGUCUUUUCAAAAUUUGACUGGUAGAGAGAAACUCUUGAACAAAUCUCAGAUAGCUAAGUUGCGUGAAAAUGAGCAUAUACCUGAAGAUGUAUUGCAACAAUUAGCCAAAGAAAUAACUAACCAGGUCAGUGAAAUGGAUGAUUCGAAUCAAAUAAAGAACAAGCAUUUAGACUUGCCUAAAAUAGAUGAUCAAGUGUUGAAUCAUUUCGUUAACGAAGCUAAUAAGGAGAAGCGUGAAGGAUCAGAUGCUGUUGUUCCUGCAGAAAUUCCUACUCAGGGAGACGGUGAUGACGAUUCCCAAUUACAAUCAACUAUUGCUGACGCGGUCAAGAAUGUUAUUGGAGAAGGGCAGCAAAAUAAGGAAGUGGAAUUGGACAACCUGCAAAUGAAUGAUAUUUUAACCAAUGCCUUUAAUAUGGCUAUGGAAAAUCCUACAGAAUUGUUGAGUAAUCUAGAAACCGAUGAGUUCAAAGCUCGUGAGGAUUUGCAUUACGACAACCAUGAGUUGAAUAAGAGAUUAUCUCUCAUCGAUUCUCUGAGCACCAGGAAACCAGUGGAUUUGAAUCACCAAUUAGGAUCAAUGAUGGCGAGUUUGUCUAAGAAUAAUGAUUCCAACUUAUUAAAUGUUAUUAAAUCCUUGACGACAUUUUUGACAAAUUCAAACUUCCAAAUCUUCAAAAAUUCCCAAUCCUUGAUAUCCAUCAUAAAUCAGUAUAAGCACAAUGAUUUUGAAAAAUUAUUUAUUAAUUCCUUGAAUUUAUCCAAGAAUUAUUUGAGAUCGAAUUCCAAAUUGAAGUGUAUCGUGGCAAUUGAUAACAUUUUGAUUUUGUUUGGAAAGUCUAUUAGUGGGGAUAUUUUGAACUACAAUUAUAAUCUAAUAACUUUAAUCACAAACUCGAUUAUCAACUGCAUCACCAAUUAUGCAAAUCUCAAGAAUUUCAAGGACUCUAUUUUCAAGAAGCCUAGGUUGUCCAGUCUCGAACACAAGGAAAAGAUUCGUAUUGAAAACAGGCAGCGUAAGCAGAAGUGGAGAGAAGAAAAUAGAGAGAGAAACAAAGACAACGAUUUGAGAACUAGAGUUUCAAAACGUGCCAAUGCCACAUUUGGAGAAAAGGAGUCUAUUGAAAAGCUAAAUUGGAUCGAAGAAGAGUUCAACAGACGAAAAGAAAGAAGGUUAUCGAAGCAAAAGAAGGAAAACACCGGUCCCAACUCUCUAAGUGGUGACGAGUCUAAAGAUUUCAACAAUGAACAGUUUAUCCAAGACAAGAAUUUAAUACAGUUGGUCAACGAUUUCUUUAACAUCUUUUCAAACUUUUCGCCUAAGGAUGAUCCUGAAACAGGUUUGUUCACUACGUCAGUGACUAUAUCAUCGGCCUCAAUUAUUUAUUUGUUAAGUUUCAAUCCACUGUUCGAAUUCAAAAAGCUUGACACGAUUGUUACAUCCAUUGUUAAUAGCUUACUAAGCACCUUUAAUUCGGUAGAUCAACAAGAACGGUUGUUUUAUUUGGCUAGGGGGUCCCACGUGAAGUUGGAUAACUUGAAAUCCAUCUACAAUGACGAAUUAAAUUAUUCAGUGGAUCCUGAAUUGAACACCAUUCAGCAAUCAGAAGUCGAUUCGUACCUGGGACAGUCCAACUCUCUGGGUGAAGGUGCUAGAGAUGAGAGUUCUGAUGAAAUACGCGUUGAAUCUUCAACCAAACGUAUGAAGCUCGAAGAGAAGGUGGAAAACAGCUCUAUAAACUUGAAGUUUCCAGCAUACAAAAACGAUGAAACUAUGAAGAAAAGUAAUACCCAAGUGAUUUCUGGACUGCCAGCUAGUUCUCUGAUGAACAUGAGAAACUUGAAAAAGCCGGGUACGUUCAAGAAGCCUAGCUAUAAUGAUAAAAAGGGUAAGAGUCUAGGAUUCCCACCUUUAUAUUCUACUUCGAUAAAACACUAA